AUGGGGGUGGAGGACGAGCCCAGUGAUCUUGGGUUUGAUCACAGAGGCGGAGACUCGGUGAACUUCAGGGCGUCAAGAAAGUCCACGCCUCCGCGCUCGGAGCUGGCCGAACAAUCCUCUCCGAUUUCAAUGGCUGUCACAAGAGACGCUCCUCCUCCUCCUGCUGCUGCUGCUGGUGCCAACCUCGAGCAAUUCUUCGUGAGCGACUGGAACCCGUUCAUCUCUGCGCCUCAGAGCGGGGAUUUCAUCCGGUCGGCAGCGUCUUCUUACGGCUUUCUUGCGCGGGAAGACGAGAGAAUGGGGGGCUUGAUCGAUCAAAUCCCGGGGCACCUGCCCUUCGGCGGUGGCGAGAACAUCUCCGAUGUCAUGAAUCCCUUCUCUCUGCCAGCGGAUUUCCCUUCCCUCUCUUCCCCUAGUCUCCCCUGCUCCGGCGAGAAUGGCGUAGGAGGGCAGAAGCGGCGGACACCAGGAGGAUCAGACCCUCCUGCUUCGUGGGUGGGUUCCUUAUAUCCUGGUCCUCUGUCACCUGAUUCACCGUCGUCUGACAAAUCUGAGCUUACCCAUUGGCUGUCUCAUUUGCAGACCUCUGAGGAUGCGCAGAAGAGAGAGAAAAGCCUGAAGAAACCCAGAGCGGAUGGGGAGGACGGAGCCAAUUCUCAUAAAGGGGAUGAUCCGACGAGGGAGGACUACAUUCAUGUCAGGGCCAAGCGAGGGCAGGCUACGAACAGCCACAGCCUCGCAGAGAGGGUGAGCCCUCCUCAGCCUGAUCUUCUUCCCCCCCCCCCUUCCCCGCGGCUUAGGGUUUUUCUUCUCUGAAACCUACCAUCUUAAUCUCUCGGGCUUCUGAUCUCCAUGACAUUCAUUCAGUUGAGAAGAGAGAAGAUCAGCGAACGAAUGAGGUUCCUUCAGCACCUUGUUCCCGGAUGCAGCAAGGUAGCCCAGCCCUGAUUAGGGUUCAUCCAACUCCCACUGAACGCUCGUUUUUUCCUGAAAGUAACCGUGAUCUGCAUCGAUUCCAUUCUCUGGUUAUAGAUAACCGGCAAGGCCGUGAUGCUCGAUGAGAUCAUCAACUACGUACAGUCCCUGCAACGACAGGUCGAGGUAUCCCUCCGCCCAAGUAGUCAUAAUCCGGAAGAACCUGCAGACAUAUCUUCUUUACGUCCUUCCCCGUUAAUCGCCUUAAUGCGAUUUGAUUCCACAGUUCUUGUCGAUGAAGCUCGCCGCCGUGAAUCCAGAACUGAACCUGGAUAUCCAGCGGAUCCUUUCGCAAGAUGUGAGAUGAUAUGAUUAAGCAAGAGAUCAUCCAUCCAUCCUUCCAUGCUCUAAUCCCCGUCAUUGACGACGGAUUUCCGUCUCCCCGCAGAUCCUCCUGUUGCAAGCCGGAGCGUUGGGCCCUAACGGGUCCGAUCCCCCCGGCGGCGCCACCUCCUACCACCAAUUCCGUCUCCCGCUUCCGCACGGCGCGAACCUGCCGGAGAUCGACGGCAACCCUGAAACUGCGGCGGCGCUGAAACGCCCUCUCGCCUGGUUCUCCCCUGCAGCGCAGGUAGUCUUCUCCUUUUCUUCCAGGAGGGAACCCUACCCUUCUCUACCCUUCCUCUGGUUUUCUGUAUUCACACCACUAGAUUGUCUGCUUGCAGGUCCCGGAUCUAUGGGGCGAUACCGUGA